AGAGGCUGCAAACAUCCACUCACCGCCCGCUCAGUCCUACCUUGACGUGCGCAAACGUUUUGCGCCUCAUUCCGCAUCCUGACCGCCGCAGAGCUCAGACUGACCGCAGCACAGCGCGCAGAGCAGUGAUCAGAGCCCCAGUUUGGUGAAGAAGAUGCUUCCUGUGCUGAUCUGUGCGCUGAUCUCUCUGAGUGUGGCCGACAACGACUUAGACACUCUGUACCCCGAACUGGAGCACUCCAGAACCAUCUAUGUCACAGAAAACGGCCCGCGACUCUCCGUGUCGGCAGAACAGUCGAAGGUGUUGUCGCGGCGAGGAGGAAACGCCACGUUACCAUGCAAGAUCCGGAUGGACCAAUCACUGACGCCCAGUCGGAAGAUGAGGAUCAAAUGGACCAAGCUGACGUCAGACUACCUUAAAGAGGUGGAUGUUUUUGUGGCCAUGGAUUAUCACAAAAGGAGCUAUGGCAGUUUCCACGGGCGUGUCCACCUGCAGGGCUCCUCCCCCAUGGACGCCUCUCUGGUCAUCACGGAGCUGACCCUAGAGGAUUAUGGGAGAUAUAAAUGUGAAGUUAUUGACGGUCUGGAAGACGGAACGGUGGUGGUGUCCCUCGACCUGGAAGGUGUCGUCUUCCCGUACUUCCCCCGCCUCGGCCGCUACAAUCUCAACUUCUAUGACGCGGAGCGGGCGUGCCGGGAGCAGGACGCCAUUGUGGCGUCCUUCGACCAGCUGUACGAGGCGUGGCGAGGGAGCCUGGACUGGUGCAACGCCGGCUGGCUGAGCGACGGCACGGUGCAGUAUCCCAUCACCACCCCCAGAGAGCCCUGCGGCGGCAAGAACACGGUGCCGGGCAUCCGCAACUACGGCCUGAGAGACAAAGACAAGAACCACUACGACGUGUUCUGCUUCACCGCCCACUACAAAGGUCGGUUCUACUACCUGAUCCACCCCUCCAAGUUGACCUACGACGAGGCGGUCCAUGCGUGUCAAAAAGACGGCGCUCAGAUUGCCAAGGUGGGCCAGAUGUACGCCGCCUGGAAGCUGCUGGGCUACGACCGCUGCGACUCCGGCUGGUUGGCCGACGGCAGCGUCCGUUACCCGAUCUCCCGCCCCCGCCGGCGCUGCAGCCCCACGGAGGCUGCCGUCCGCUUCAGCGGCUUCCCCGACAAAAAGCACAAGCUGUACGGAGUGUACUGCUUCAAGGGCCACAACUGAGACACACACACACACACACACACACACACACACACACACACACAUCAGCAUGCACACACACAUUCACACACUGGUGGGAAAAGAGACACAUUCAAACUGUGAUGCUUUAUUUCAUGGAAACCUUAAGACAUUACUGUCAGUCGAUACUCUCUGAGGGAUAGUUUACACAUAUUUAAGGUUCUUAUUAUUUAAUCAAUGCCUUUGAAACGGGGGUGGGCGGGUUGUUGGAGGAUAUCACAGCCAUACUGUCAUCCAACGGACAUAUCAUAGAAAAGGGGAACGACUCGUCUGAACAGUCCCACAGCUCGGGGUUUGGACGGAUACUUUGGGCACUUAUCUUGUUUGUUCACCACCUGGAACAACAACAAACGCCACGAAACACAAGCGGAAAGAGAAAAAUGAAAUCCUGUGUGGUCAGGUAGGAAUACAAGCCUCGCACAAGUCCACCGAUCUUUGCUGUCCGUACUCAACAAGGUGCUACGAGCGGUACUUUGUACGUCAUCUUACCGUCCAGUAUUUUAUGUUUUUAUACGAAUGUGUUGGACCAAACAUCGUCACCAAAAUGAAUAACAGAAAAAAAUCCAACAUUGUUUAUGUUUUCUAAGUAUGUAGAAUGUUAUUAUCUAGAAAUGUACUUCUGUUUAUGACUAUUUUUUGAUAUACUGUAGAAAUAUUUACAUUAUUAUUCUUUGUCUUAUUGGCCAAACUAUCCGAGUCUCUUUGGUUUACAUUAACAUAACAACAGUGGAAUAAAAACAACAACAAAACAAACAACAAUCCACAAUUUAAAGAGAAAAAAAAAGAUGAUUUUUUUGCACUGAACAUGUAGAAGACGCCUAAAUGAGGAGACGAUAGUGGUGCAGCAGUAUAAAAUGCCUGGCAUGAGUAGAAACCGUGCUGCAGAGUCACUCUGUGUGGCUCUUAUCUCUCUGUUUGGCUUCAUCUUUAGACUUCAGAGCAUGACUUCGCUUCUACAAGCACAAAGCAGCUGUCAGUGUCAGCCUACACUCUAUCUUAUCUAUCUAGCGCCUUGAUAAACUGCUAUUUUUGAUACAAAUACUGUAGUUUCUUAUAGUGAACGAGCAGAGCCGGCCAGCACCAUGUGUGACCUCAGACUGUCGUUGUAUAACUCCACUAAUCUGUCUCGUAUUAUUAUCCCAAGCAAAUGUUAUUUUUAGCCUGUUAUCCAGCAGUGGGUUGAAAAUUUAGGGUAUUUUUGUGAUUCCACGUGUGCCACAAACUGUAUAAACAAAGUGGACAUAGCCAAUAUGAUUUUGUGGAGUGUUUUGAAGCCUCAUAUUUGGCAUUUUAGGCGGUGAGGUCUUGGUUUUUUGGAGCCGAAAGUGACCAAAUUUGGCGUGAAGGGUUAGCUUGGGAGGAGUAGCUAAGUUAAACACUAAGUUACAACUCUUUUUAUGAUAAUUUGGGUGUUAAUUUUUUGACGAUACCUUAGAGUGUCUUCUAGUACAACCAAUGCUAAGUAAGACACUUUUAGGUGACAAAAAUGUUCACAUCUGAAAAACUGAAAAAAUAAACCACUCUCAAGCAAGUUCACAGCGAUCUAAAUAUACACAGUGCAAAAUAUAUGCAGAUCAGAUUUUUGUGGUAGUGAUUUCUCAAUCACGAGGUAGCCACGCCCUAAAUUUUCCCGUUUUAUCAUCUAUUUGACUCUAACUGGGACCAUAAUUUAUGAAACAAACAUCAUGCUGUGUUGAAGAAGACUUGAAACUAUCAACUGAGACCAUAAACUCAUCAUGACAAUUUUUACUGAGGUCACAAAUUCAGUCAAAAGUAGAGUCGUUUUCUCAUAGAUUUUUUGCUACAAUCUGACUUCUUUUUCUUUUGCUGCCAGUGGAGUCGCCCCCUGCUGGACAUUAGAACUAAUGCAGCUUUAAGGGAACAUUUCAUUGGCUUUGUUUUUAAACCUGGAGGCUACUGCCACUUCAUUUAUACCAUCUGUGGCGGGCAGUUAGGGUCAGAAACUACUGUGGUCAGAAAUCAAAUCAGAACAGAUAUUUCUAAUAGAUUUCAUUCCAAUCUGACUUAUUUUUGCAGCCAGUGGAGUCGCCCCCUUCUGGACAUUAGAAAGAAUGCAGGAACUUCCACUUUGUCUUCACAUUUUUUGCCUCUGAGAUUUCAACUUGCUGCGACCUUAGCGGCAUGUUCAGACAGUAAAUUAAAUUAGUUUUCAUCUUGCAUAAUUGGAACAAGUUUAACCACCAGACCAUUUGUGUUUAUUUACCCGAAAACAACCAAAUGUACCAACUUUACGUUUAUUCCCCAGAAACUCUGGUUCUUUCUGCAGUUCUUUGUACAUUCAUGAAUUUAAAAAGUGUUGCAAAACUUUUUAGUUUGCAUGAAUUUACACCACCUCUAAGUUCAACAGACUUAAGUAAAAAAGCAUGACCAAAAUGAGACAAAAGGCACAGUAAUACAUCCACAAAAUUAACGUUGGCGGGCAUUUUCCUCCCAUUUAUCUUCAUUCUAAGCAAGCGAAAGCCAAACUAAAACAUUAUACAGAUAUAUGGUGAUGGUCCCAUCCAACUAAAAAUAAUGAAAUGACAAUGUGAUUAAAACUUGUCCAAAGACUGAACUAAACCAGGUGCUAAAGUCAAGAUGCAACCCAUUUCUGGAUGACACAAAAACCCAACAAUAGGUUUUCCCCCGUGAGUUUUUUGUAGGAAACACUUUGUAACUGAGCCCCGGAGUAACGUUGGGCUGUCUGAGGUCACAGCUGGGACCGAGCCCGGCCCUGAUGAGCACGGUGCUCCUGGCAGUGACUGGCUCUCUGAUUGCUAUCGGAGCUCUGCAGAGACUCUGAACCGGGCGACCCAGCGGGCCCGCAGCCAGCCUGCUGAACCUGACAGAAAUACAAUACAUCCAAAACACCGAUAAUCCCCGCAUGGAGCCACUGAGGGCUUCUUCCAUGUAAGGGUAUCACAGAGUAAACGGAGCACAUUGAUCAAGUAUAAGCUCACUGUACGUGGUCCCAGCUGGCCCCUGAACCUGGUUGAGGUCAUGCACAGGGGCCUGCUGCAGAGCUCGCUUAACUUGGCUCCACGUUUGACAAGCCACUGAACAAUCAGCGACACUUAUCUCUGCAGAACUGCUGUACAUUAAAAUAGCUCUCUGUAAUGAUUGGACACGGUGGAGACAUAAAAAAAAAGGUGAUUUUACAGAAGGACAGCUGUGAAGUUAAAUGCUCACUGAAAAGUCUUCUGCAGGAUUGCAAAACUAAAAAGAUUUAUUCCUUUUAACUUGUGUUGUUUUAACAGUUUGCAAAAGAAAAAAUGUUAUGUGUCAGUUUGACAUUUUGGGAGCGCAAAGUCACGGAAAGAAGCUCGUAACUCCUCGAAAAACCUCCUCUACGUUCCGAGGGUUCUAUGUUCUCCUGAUAUAAACCAACAUUUCAACAGAUUGAUAAGGGCUAUCUUCGCAGUUUAAAUUACAACAGAACCAAGGGAGAUAGACGUUUCUGAUGCAGUUAGAAAGGUAAAAAAUCUGUGCAGCCACUCAGGAGAUAUCACGAGUCUAGGCUGUGAGCUGUUGGGUGUACUGACCCAGAAAAACAAACAGUGCUGAGAACAUAAAACCCCCUGAAAUGUGUCAUUUUCAGUGGAUAUUGAGCUGAGAAACACACAACCCUGAACUCGUUCAAAACCAAAACUUUGUUUCCGGAUUAAUGAAACAAUACCUGUGAGACUUUGCAGUUUGAGGCCAUAUUCGUAUCUUUCUGACCCUGUUUACACUUUUUGUUGUUUUGUAAUGUGUCUUUUUGUUAAAACUUUGGGCUAGCUGUUUCCCUUCUGCUUCCAGUCUUUAUGCUAAGCUAAGCUAACAACACCUGCUGGCUCAAGCUUCAUGUAAUAUUUAGGGUAAAGCAAUGUGUCUUCUUAAAACAGUUUGUAGGAUAUUUUAUGAAGUUUGACUGUUCGAUGUGAAACGUGGUUAACUGCAUCAUGCAUUAUCUUUGGGUUAAAAAUAAUUACGUCAGUAGGUCACAAUGUAGGUUGAACGUUUCAUAUGAUUUCCUAUGAAAAGUAAUGAACCGGAAUUUGUUGGUAUCCCAUGAAAUUCUGUGGGAGGUGGAUAGGUUUAACCUCAUUUUGUCGUUUUUGUGUUACAUUGUUGGAAAUUAUGUCAGGAAAUAGAGUUUUUAUAAGCUUAAACUUAAACACACAAAACAAAACACAAAAAAGUGUUUGUCACAUAUCAGCAACGUGUUGAAAACAGCGCUCCUUACAUGUAGUUUUCAUGCCUAACCUAAAAGAAGUGGUUUUGGUAGCUAAACAAAACCAUUUCAAACAUUAAAAAGGUGCUUAAAACAGCGCUCAUCACGUCACAUUUCACAGGAUGUCAUAUGACUUGUGGUGCAAAGUUUUUAUAGAAAAUCAUACAAACCCUUUCAUGACAAAACUUUAAACUAAGUGACAUAGUUAUGUAUGUUAGAAGUAAAAUACGACAGAACUACAUACAGAAAUUAACUAACAAGUUUGGUUUCAUACUCGAACAAACGUUUCUGCUGGUGCGGACUUUACCGCUCUUUAUACUACUUUAACAAACCCUAAUAUGGGUCGCAAUCAGCUGUGCCUCCUGGCUCACGAUGUUGUGGGUUAUCAACAGAUUAUGGUGCAUAACUUUUCAUGGGUAUAACUACGAAGAGUGGAUGAGAACAGGCUGAGUGUGUUCCCCAAAAUGUCAAACUGUUCCUUCAAAGAGUUCUGUUGCCUUUUAUUUUGUGUAAAAUCUGACCAACUUUGCUCGCCUUGUUAAUAACUGCAGCAUAGGAGGAAACCUUUAGGGACCCAAAGACAAUAAAACAGUACAUAAACCACGA